UCCCUCUAAGUCUAGGAUGGAGCCCUAUGGGGCACCAAAGGGAAGGUGACAUGAAGACAUCUGACCCCAAGGCUGUUUAUAUGGCUACUGAAAGCACCAAUAACAGUGUCAAUGACAGUAGCUAUGAGCAGGGGCCCAGUGCCUGGCUUCUGCCAGGGCUUUAUGGGUGACUCUCUCCCCCUUCAACAAACACUCAUUAAUGCCCCCACCUUCUUAUUAUCCAUACUGUGCUAAAGACAUUGUGAAAUCCCUAGGCUCUUCUUCCCCAUCCUGGAACCAAUUAUAAAGAUUGCUGCAGGCUUGACCCACCCUGACCCGACAGUAUAAACUCAGGGCAAAUGCCCGGGAGAAAUCAUUCGGACCUUUCAGGCACCCAGGAUUGAAGCAAGGACCAGUCACCCAGGAUUGCAGGAAUGUGCUCCCUGCCCAUGGCAAGAUACUACACAAUUAAGGAUGCAGAUCAGAAGGCUCUAUACUUAAGAGGUGACCAGCUCCUGGUAGGAGAUCCCAGUGCGGACGACUGCUGUGCAGAGAAGAUCUGCAUACUUCCCAACAGAGGCCUGGACCGCACCAAAGUCCCCAUCUUCCUGGGACUCCAGGGAGGCAGUCGCUGCCUGGCCUGUGUGGAGACAGAAGAGGGGCCUUCCCUGAAGCUGGAGGAUGUGAACAUCGAGGACCUGUACAAGGGUGGUGAGCAGGCCACACGCUUCACCUUCUUCCAGAGAAGCCUGGGCUCAGCCUUCAGGCUUGAGGCUGCUGCCUGGCCUGGCUGGUUCCUCUGUGGCCCAGCUGAGCCCCAGCAACCAGUACGACUUGCCAAGGAAAGUGAGCCAUUGGCCUGCACUGAGUUCUACUUUGAACAGAGUCGGUAGUGAGGCAGGAGGCCGAGUUCCAGGCUGGUGCCCCCAAACCAAGCUCAUCCUGCUGAAGGCAGCAUCCUGCUGAUAGGCAGAAUAAUGCCCCCCUAAAGAUGUCCAUGUCCUAAUCCCCAGACUCUGUGACUAUGUUACCUGCAAGGCAAAAGCGACUUUGCAAAUGUGAUUAAGGUAAGGAUCUUGAGAUGGGAAGACUCCCACAAGGGUCCUCGUAAGAAUGAGGCAGGAGGGUGAGAGUCAGAGGCUGGAAGAUGCUAUGCUAUUAAUUGAAUUUCAAAUGUAGCAGACAGGGCUAUCGGCCAGUGAAUGCAGGUGGUUCCAGAAGCUGGAAAAGGCAAGGGAAGGAUUCUCUCCUAGAGCUUCCAGGAGAAACACAGCUCGGCUGACAGUUGAAUUUUAGUCCAGUGAAACCCAUUUUAGACCUCUGACCUCCAGAACUGUAGAAUAAUAAAUUUGUGUUGUUUGAAGCCACUAAGUUUGUGGUAAUUUGU